AUGAACGGGGGGGACCAUGGCCGUGGCGAUGCCAAGGUGCACAUCAAGACGCCGCUGCUGUACUCUGCGCCGCUGUCGAAGCGGAGCAGCUCACUGGGUGGGAGGAGCAUCUCGGUGUACCUGAAGCUCGACAAUCUCCAGCCGUCGGGCAGCUUCAAGAUCAGAGGGCUGGGCAACACGAUUUCGAAGCGUGCCCGGAGCAGCCCUGGCCUGCACGUUAUUUCUUCGUCGGGCGGCAAUGCAGGCCUCGCGGCUUCGCAUGCGGCCAAUGCACUGGGUCUUGGGUGCGAUGUCCUUGUGCCCUCGUCGGCCGAGGAAGAGGUCAAGGCGCUGAUGAGGGCCGAGGGGGCCAACGUCACCGUCGUAGGCGAUGCGUGGGAUGACUGCGACGUGGCUGCAAAGGCGCUCGCAGAAGCUCAGGCAGCAAAGGGCAUCGAGUCAUGCUACGUCCAUCCCUUCGAGGGGGACGACGUCAUCGAGGGCCACAGCAGCCUCGGGCAGGAGAUCUACCAGCAGCUUCGGGACGAGGCCGGCGUCGAGCGAGGGCCCGAUGCCGUCAUUUGCUCCGUGGGCGGCGGUGGUCUCCUGAGAGGUCUGCUGCGUGGGAUCGAGAGAGCGAGGACUGAGUCGCAGCCUGCUCCGCUCAUCGUGACGACGCAGUGCCAUGGCGCGGACGCCUUCUCCCAGUCCAUGAGCGCGUCGGUGGACAAGGGAGCACCGCAGCUCGUCGCGCUGGACUCGAUCACGUCCAAGGCAACGAGCUUGGGCGCAAAGACGUGCUCCAGAGAUGCAGUCAAGGAUGCGCUCGACUAUCGCGCCGCCUCAAACAGCCGCUUCUCCACCGUCGUCAUGCCCGAUGAUCUGGCCCGUGCGGCCGCUUGGCGCUUUGCGCGAGACCACCGACAAAUCGUCGAGCUGGCCUGCGCCGUGGCCAUUGCGCCCCUCUACUUUCCUGACAAGGUCCUCAACCCCCACCUCAUCGGUAAAAUGGAGCAGCGCGAUGAGCCGCUGGUCAUUGUCGUCGUCGUCUGCGGUGGCAACAAGUCCAGUACGGCACUUAUGGAGAGGUAUAGACUAAACGAAGAGACCAGGCCUCAGCUUGUAGAGGAACUCCAGAUGCAAUUGGAUGGCGCACUCGUCAAGUAAUUGAAUGCCAUUUUCUCUCCUCCUCG